AUGAGUGUUCUCGGCAUUGUUAUCGUAAUCUCAAUGGCUGCUUGGAUGACAUGGAUGUUGCUCCGUAAAGUUUCAUCGAUAUUUAAUAAAAUCAAUAUAAUUCAAGGUCCAUCACCACUGCCAGUCAUAGGAAAUAUACACCAAAUACACUUCAAACCUGAUGAUUUCUUCGAGCAAGCUCAAGGAAUAGCGUACAUGCUACAAAAGAAUGGCGAAAGAAUGACUCGGAUAUGGUUCUCUGGUUGGCCGUGGGUAUUGCUUUAUGGAGCUGAAGAGUGUGAGGCUAUUCUCAGCAGUAAUAGAACUCUUAAAAAACCAUUUCAAUAUGGUUUUUUGAGUGAUUGGAUUGGAGAAGGUUUACUCAUCAGUGACCCCAAGAAAUGGAGGCCUAGAAGAAAAUUAUUAACUCCCGCUUUCCAUUAUGAUAUAUUAAAGGAUUUUGUUGGGAUCUAUUACAAGCAUGGAAGAACGCUUCUGAGUAAAUUUGAGAAUAUGAUUGGUGAGCACUACAAUGAAAUUUUUCAUAUUGUUUCUUACUGUACUCUUGAUGUAAUUUGCGAAGCAGCUCUUGGAAUAAAUCCUGACGCUCAGAAUAAGCCUUCACCAUAUCUCGAUUCAGUUUGGAGAAUGAAAUAUAUUAUUCAUCAACGAACAAUAAAAGCGCAGUAUUAUCCAAAAAUUUUUUUCAAUUUGUUUGGAAAUGGCUCGGAAUGCAAAAAACACAUUAAAAUAUUGCACGAUUUUACUGGAAAGGCAAUCAAAGAGCGCAAAAGAUUAGCUGAUGAGGCUGGAGGAAUUGAAAAUCUUUUAAAAAGUGAAAGUAAACGAGAAAAUGAGAAAAUUUCAAUUAAUUUUUUUACCUCUUUAUUUAUUUAUUUUAGAAAUCAAAAUAUUUCAGGGAAAAAGAGAAUGGCAUUUCUAGAUUUAAUGCUUGAUAUGCAUUCGAAAGGCGAUUUAUCGUUGGAUGGUAUUCAAGAAGAAGUUGACACAUUCACUUUUGAGGGUCACGAUACGACUUCUGCAAGUAUGAAUUGGUUUCUACAUUUGAUGGGUACGAAUCCAGAUAUUCAAAGGAAAGUUCAAAAAGAAGUCGAUGAUGUAUUAGGCAAAGUGAAUUUAACUCGUCUAAUGACCGAUUUAGAAGAGAGACCGAUAACUUACGAAGAUCUCGGCGAACUGAAAUAUCUCGAGGCAUGUAUAAAGGAAACUCUUCGAUUAUAUCCUAGUGUUCCAAUUCUUGCACGUUUACUUCAAGAAGAAACGAAAAUCAAAAAUAAUACACUUCCGAAAGGAACUGGUGUCAUCAUUGUACCAUCAAUGGUGCACCGUGAUCCAAGGUACUGGCCGGACCCGGAGGUCUUCAACCCUGACAGAUUUAUCAACAAUGAAGUCAAACACCCCUAUUCUUAUAUACCAUUUUCCGCAGGAGCCAGGAAUUGCAUAGGACAACGAUUUGCGAUAAUGGAAGAAAAAUGUAUCCUCGCUCUGUUAAUGCGCCAUUUGAAAGUGAAAUCAGAGCUUCGAACUGACCAAAUGCGAGUAUCUGGAGAGCUUGUUAUCAGACCAUUUUUUGGAAAUAAUAUUCGCUUUGCGAAAAGGACUUAUGGUGAUUAUACGCAAAUUGCUUAG